AGCCGCACCACACACGUCUGUGUGCUUCCCCGCGGUCUUUCUCUCUCACGAAGGUGUCUGCGUGCGAGUCUCCGAUUAUGUGCGAUCCAAGGAGUGUACCUGUGUACUAACUCAGUUUGGCUCUAUAAGAAAGCGCUAACAAAUUGAGAGUUGUUUUUUUUUUUUUGUUUUUUUUUUUUCUUUUAUUCAAUUCCUCGAUAAUCGUUGGUAAAAAUGAAGCUCGUUGUUUCUGCCAACGUGAUAGUGUUGAUGCUGUGCGCGAGUUGUACCAGUAUGGUUCUGGUUGAUAAAGAACCGAAUCAGUACAAGGGCCUGUCGGACUUCCGAUUUCCCGGUCCGAUGGCGAGGCCGAGCUUCAAUGAUAACGAGUUACCGAUAGAAUUAGCUAGAAAAGUCAGCAAAGCUAAAACGACAGAAGAAAUUCUUCAGAUACUGAAUGUCACCAUAUCUCCAGAUAUUUUUCCAGAUGGUAUGCAGCGAUCGCGCGGCAUUGUAGCGAAGCCUGCCGGCUGCCAAACCGAAAUGCAAGCCGUACCUGUAAAGGAGAAUCCGUACGUGGAUCCGAAAAUUUUGUAUAUACCAGAUUGUGUGCGCAUCCCACGAUGUAGCGGCUGUUGUGGCAAUAGCUUAAUUUCCUGUCAGCCUGUCAAGUCACAGAUGCGCAACUACCGGCAUUGCACUUCAAAGCAUGAUCAGUACAAUGAAAAGGAAUGCACCUGCCGCUGUAAGAAUGAUGACGAAAGAGAAAAAUGUUUAAGUAACAGCGAUAGGAUGCACUGGCUGCCAGAAGAGUGCAAGUGCAAGUGUAAUACCGUUACAGAGUGUCCAACUGGAUUUUACUUUGACAAUUAUCUAUGCAGAUGCCAAAGCCGAGGGUUUUUUAUUGAUUACGAACGGCAAAACGUUGGUGGCAAGAUCAGAAAAAUCCAGCCUGACUUCGUGAGUCUCAACACCAACAACUCUAGAAGAAGGCAUAAAGAGGAUCCAGAGUACAAAUAA